AUGAAGUGGUCUACAAACUCAUCUACAUCUCUCAUCACUCGACUCUUCUCCAAAUUCAAUCCAAAUUCAUCCAAAAAAAGCCACACUCAUCACAAUUCCAAUAAUGUACUUGACAUUCCCUCUCCAAAUUCAUCCUUUUACCGAGACGAUGGCCGAUUCUACAGCCUCGACGAACACGACCCGUAUUGGAGAAUCUCCUUCACCGACGACAGAAUCCAGCCACGCCGCAGCACCGGCGGAAUCAAUCAAGAUUCCGACGUGUAUUCCCCCUUCCCGAGGCUCGGAUUGGCCGAGCCUCCGAACAGGAAUUUCAGUGAAAUGGUUUCGGAUAUAAAGAGGAUGAGAGAAAACAGGGGAAGGAAACAGAGAGGAAAACAGAGGAGUGGAGAAGAUAAUAAUGGUGUAGGAGAGAGAAACGAAUAUCUUCCUCCAAUUAAAGUGAAAAGGGAGGGCCGUGUCCGUGUGCGAAGGACAAGGACCUCGAAAGCGUACUCCCCGAGAAACGAAUGCAAGAUUCGGGCUCUCGAGGAGAUACGGAAAGCGAGGAGCAAGGCAAAGAAGAGGGCUCCCAAUGAGUGGGUGUUGGAGGGGAACACGGUUUUCGAUAGCGUUGUGGUUGUGAAGAGCUCGCUUGAUCCGCGUCGGGAUUUCAAGGAAUCCAUGAUGGCAGUGAUUCGAGAGAAGGGGAUAGGGCAUCCUGACGAUCUCGAGGAUUUGUUGGCUUGUUAUUUGACGUUGAAUUGCAAUAAGUAUCGUGAUCUUAUCAUUAGCGUGUUUACACAAGUUUGGAUUGAGCUUAAAGGAGAUUCGUUUGUCAAGAAUGUACCAUAUUUUUAUUGUUAG